AUGAAUGAUGUGAUUCAUUCUACAUUAAUUGAUAGUAAAAUCAAAGUGAAAAAGCAAAGAAAUAGAGAAACGAUUGAGAGAUGGCAAAAGAGCAAGGAGGACAUGAAGCAUGCAAAGGCAAAGGCAAAGCUAUCAGAGGAGGAAAGUUUGAGGGUGGGCUAUAAGCAUGGUACUCCUCUUGAGGGUGGCAAAAUAGCUGACUCUUCUCCGGCUGACAUAUUUUCUAGUGCCCACAACAUUAGUUCAAGGCAGGCCUCCCAAUCUCAUCCAUCACUUUCUUCUGCUCAACACUCUCAAUCUAGUUCUAACUCUGGGAAAACACCACCAACCAAUGCUGAUUCUGUCUCCAACAACAACAACAACAAUAACAACACCACCUUUGCCUCGAUAGAGCAACAAUCAUGUGAUCCGUUUGAUGAUAACUUAUUAACCUCUUAAUUUUUGUGAUUAGGAUUGAAUUCUGAUAAUAAUAAAAAAAAAAU